UCCAUCACUUCCCUCUCCAGGGCUACAGCAAGCUGGGAGCUCUUCCCCACACCGAAUCCCUGUUUUGCUCAGCCCUCGCCUUCCAUUGUCUAACUCCUUUAACCCCGCUAGGGAAAGGGAAGGCUACAAGUCCUUCCAUUUGGAGGACUCUUACUGAACUCAGCUUAGCCAAUGCUGAUGUUUCUUGGCCAGCUGUUGUGGCCUCGGAGAUCUGUUUAAGAGAUUGUUGUUUCCCGGAGCUAUGGAACAAUCUGCAGUCUUGAAGCUUUGGGUUCAUUCUACAAUCAAACUCUGUCCUUUGCCCUGUUAAUCUAUGGAUUCGGACUUCUACUCGUGGCUCUGAGAUCUCUGGAAUCUCUGGUGAUAUCUAGAAUCUUUCUGAAUGUCAGGCCUCUUUAGAUCUCUGAGGCUUUAGGAUCUCGGGCCUCAGGAGGAUCCUGGAGCCAGCGACCACAGACAGGAGGAGACGAACACUUGAGCCCGAAAUGGCAGCCACCCUGCUCAUGUCUGGGUCUCAGAUGAGACUUAAUGCCAUUGCCUUCUCGACAUUUAUAACUAUGUCUCUAAUUUCAAGAAGAAAAGCUGGUUCUAAACUCCUAGGUACCAAGUAGCGAGGAAACAUUGUGUGAUUUCAGGCCCCUGUGACAUUUGAAGAUAUGGCCAUGUACCUCACUCGGGAAGAGUGGAGACCUCUGGACCCUACACAAAGAGACCUUUACAGGGAUGUGAUGCAGGAGAAUUAUGGAAAUGUUGUCUCGCUGGAUUUUGAGAUCAGGAGCGAGAAUGAAGCAAACCCCAAACAAGAGUUUGGCGACGAUGUGGAAUUUGCUACCAUGUCAGAAGAGCCUCUUGAGAAUGCUGAGAAGAAUCCUGGAAGCGAAGAGGCCUUUGAAAGUGGGGACCGGUCAGAAAGGCCAUGGGGAGACCUGACAGCAGAGGAGUGGGUAAGCUACCCUCUCCAGCAAGUCACCGACCUGCUUGUACACAAGGAAGCGCACACAGGCAUCCGCUACCACAUUUGUUCUCAGUGUGGAAAAGCCUUCAGCCAGAUUUCAGACCUCAACCGCCACCAGAAAACGCACACGGGAGACAGGCCCUAUAAGUGUUACGAGUGCGGCAAGGGCUUCAGCCGCAGCUCGCACCUCAUCCAGCACCAGAGGACACACACGGGCGAGCGGCCUUACGACUGCAACGAGUGUGGCAAGAGCUUUGGCCGGAGCUCGCACCUCAUCCAGCACCAGACCAUCCACACCGGGGAGAAGCCUCACAAAUGCACCGAGUGCGGGAAAAGCUUCUGCCGCCUCUCCCACCUCAUCCAGCAUCAGCGGACCCACAGCGGGGAGAAGCCGUACGAGUGCGAGGAGUGCGGGAAGAGCUUCAGCCGCAGCUCCCACCUCGCGCAGCACCAGCGGACUCACACCGGCGAGAAGCCGUACGAGUGCAACGAGUGUGGGCGGGGCUUCAGCGAGAGGUCCGACCUCAUCAAACACUACCGCGUGCACACGGGCGAGCGGCCCUACAAGUGUGACGAGUGUGGGAAGAACUUCAGCCAGAACUCAGACCUGGUGCGGCACCGCCGGGCCCACACCGGCGAGAAGCCCUACCACUGUAACGAGUGCGGGGAAAACUUCAGCCGCAUCUCCCACCUGGUCCAGCACCAGAGGACUCACACCGGCGAGAAGCCGUACGAGUGCACGGCCUGUGGGAAAAGCUUCAGCCGGAGCUCUCACCUCAUCACGCACCAGAAGAUCCACACCGGGGAGAAGCCCUACGAGUGCAACGAGUGUUGGCGAAGCUUUGGGGAGAGGUCCGACCUGAUUAAGCACCAGAGAACCCACACAGGAGAAAAGCCCUAUGAGUGUGUGCAGUGCGGCAAGGGCUUCACACAGAGCUCCAACCUCAUCACGCAUCAGAGGGUUCACACAGGGGAGAAGCCUUAUGAAUGUACCGAGUGUGAUAAGAGCUUCAGCCGGAGCUCGGCUCUUAUUAAACACAAGAGAGUUCAUACCGACUAGGCCCUGUAACCCUGGGUAAGAAAUAACUCGUUUGGAGGCCAAGGGAUGUUUGAUAUCAGCCAGCUUCCUUUAGCUCUUUUUAACGUUCCGAUUUCCCUGGUUGUGGGCUACAGUCUAAAACGUGAAAGAAGGCGACCCUUUUGAAAUUCCGACCCACAGCUUCGAGGAUGCUAUCCCCACCUCCACAAGGGUGAUGUGUAUUCACUGAUUAUCAUAUGAAUUGCUUCAUCAAAGUCAGCUCCCUCCUGAGUAACUUGAGAGCUGAAGACUAGAAGACUAGAUAGAUGCUGGCAGAUGCUCGAGAUGGAGUACAUCUUUAAAAUGUUUUCUUUCUCUCUCUCUCUCUCUCUCUCUCUCUCUCUCUCUCUCUCUCAUAUCUUUGGCCUAAAAAGACUGCAGCGGGAGAAAUAGGGUGCUCCCAGCUGCUUUGGCAGAAGGUGGGCAGACUCGCCCUGAGCUGCGACUGUUUAUACGCUGUAUUGGCUGGGCUUACACACAUCCCUUCCAAAGGGCUUUUGGUUUUUUUUUUUGUUUUUGUUUUUUUUUUGAGUAGCUCACCUUCAUAUCACAAACAUCUCCUUGUCCACAGGCUUCUGCCUGCUGAAAGCAAUGAUCACAGAGUUUCUCCUUGUUUCUCACUUGCGUAUAGCUUGCAUAUUUUUGAAAGCUGACCGAAGAUACAAUGUAAUGGGAAACAGAAGGCGCAGGUUGGAGGACCAAGGGCCCAUGGGCUCUGGUGACUUCAGCAAAAGAUAGCCAUCAAGACUGCCAUUAACCAGGCUUCUGAAUUUUCUUCAAAAAUCACUUUAGGGAUCAUAGUAGGGAAACUGCCUUUAGGAAAAGGUAGGGCUGAAGGUCAUGAUGGAUCAGAGGUAGUGCAGGAACUGACCGUCCCAGGGAAGGGAGCCCAGAGCUCUUCCCAGGGAGCAGCAGUCAGUGCUGUGGUUCUUCUGUCUAACCUUUAAGAUCACUUGCCCCUGCACUGCUAACUCUAGGGCUUGAUAGGGCCACAACCCAGUCUUUAUCUUAGCUUGCAUAAAGGCAUGCGUAUGUACAGUGAAAUGUGUAUUCUGAUAGCAGAAACUGAAUUCCUAAGAAUCAGCAUGUCCUUGCGUGAAGUAGCUCAUAAGAUAGAACUGUAGACACAACUCCGUUGUGAGAAGUGUCCUUGAUUUUCCUUUUGUUAUGGAGAGAAAGAAAAAUUAGCAUUAGUGCUCAAGCUCAGUGCACUCCUGUAAGGUUUGCUUUUGUACAGAACUAAGCACUUGUGUGGAUGUAUCCAUCAGUGGUGAGAGAGUGACUGGACACUCAGGUCCGUGGUCCUUUCUCAGACUGAUUAUCCUCUGUGGUGAGUGACCUCAUCUGAAGAAACAGAAAACCUACGGAGGUAUGCGUUUCCAGCAUCCAGACACAAAUAUUUAAAAUGAGUUAACUCAGCUCAGAGUUGACUCAGCUCAGAGUUGACUCAGCUCAGUAGCUCAGUGCUUCAGUUCUCCUUAGGUAGCCCGGAUGUUGGUGCUUAUUCAGCCCUGAGGGGAUGGAGGGGAGUUGGCACCCAGGGAGCUGGGACUUGAGUUGUGUGUGUGUGUGUGUGUGUGUGUGUGUGUGUGUGUGCGCGCGCGCGCGCGUGUGCGCGUGCGUGCGCGCCGCAUUUAAAGACUCCCAGUGUAUUUCUAUGGUGCUUCAUUGCAAAGUUGCAAACGUAAUUUUUAUUAUUAUUAUUAUUUUUACUAAAGAAAAAAACCCUUUUUGUUAAAGUUCUUUGGGAUUUGGCACUUAAAGCCCAGUGCUUUCGCUAUGGAGAGUCACUGUGGCCAUAGCUGGAUGGUCACAGUGUGGCCAUAUCACUAGUGACAACCUGAAAAGCAGUCCAAGGAGAAACCACUCAGAGGGCCUCCCAAGUGGUCACUCCCAUUAGAGGACAAACUUGGGGCAGGGUACAUGGUUUCCAGUUUUUUGAGGCAGGGUUUCUCUGUAUAGCCCUGACAUGGUUUCUAUUCUGUACAAAAUCUAGCCUACUGUGGGUAUUCAUAUUCUAACUGUUAGGUGGCCUACUGUGGGUAUUCAUAUUCUAACUGUUAGGUGACUUACACCUUCUUGGUAACUAAACUCAGAUGAAUCUUCCGAUGUGUGCAGCCGAUGACUUGGGUGGAGUUCCGUGUUCUCCCAUUGCUUCUUUGAGCCUCAUAAGUGACUGCUUGGGAGUGGCUUGUAGAAGACAGCACCUCUGACCCAACUUCAUUGCACCCCAUUUCCCUCCUCUGUUCCUUACACACGCACACGCAUGCACAUGCACACGCAUGCACACACAUGCAUGCGCACACACACACAUGCACACACACACACACACACACACCCCACCAUGCUCACGCAGCCCCAGCUUUUGAAGGUUAUGCUGUGAUCCAUUUGCUACUUUUGCCUUCUAAGAGAUGAAAGGCUGGAAGGUUUCCAGUGCCUUCCCAUCUCUUCAUGGGAGUACACUCCAGCUGCAUGGCUAAAAAGUCAGUGGCUGUACCAGCUCUGUCCACUCCGCAGUGGUCAUCUGCUCCCCUUCCUGUGCUGAGCUGUGGAAGUCAUACAUCCGCAUCCGCCACACUUCACUAAUGCUGUGUGCAUGCCUUCUGUUUGAAAGUCCCUGGCCAUUUCUGCACAUACAGACAGUCUGUGCCUGUGUUCUGUGGUUGUAGAGAGUGGAUGGACAGGUAAUCUGUAGAGCAGAUUCCCUUGGUAUUGGUCAAUUAUUCUAGUGUCUUAUCUAUAGCUGUAUUAUCCUGACAAUAUUCUAUAAUUAAAGGUAUAAUUUUUAAACUCAAAA